AUGACGACCACCAAGGUUGCACUCGCCGGAGCAAGCGGAAACCUCGGCCCAGCUGUGCUCAAGGAGCUGCUCGCUGCAGGCUUUGACGUGACUGUCCUCACUAGACAGGGCAGCGAUAAACCUAUUGACACCCGUGCUCGGGUUGUACAGGUAGACUAUGAGUCCCUCGACUCGCUCAAGGCCGCUCUGUCCGGUCAGGAUGCUGUGGUCAGCACUUUAAAUGUUGGCGCAGUUCCCAAGUCCACCCAUCUGCGCUUAAUCGAUGCAGCAGUAGCAACUGGCGUAAAGAGGUUUAUUCCUUCGGAAUACGGCUGCGAUACUACGAAUCCUCUCGUCGCCAAAUUGCCCGUCUUCGGUGAUAAAAUCAGCGUUCAGGAACAUCUCAAGAACGUCGCUCAGAAAUCUGAUCUCAGCUAUUCGCUGCUCGUGACUGGCCCCUUCCUCGACUGGGGUCUUCAGACGGGCUUCGUACUCAACCUUGCUGGUCCUGCCACACUAUUUGAUGGCGGGGAUCGCCGCUUUAGCUCCACGACUCUCAGUGGCAUCGGCAAGGGAGUUGUUGGAAUCAUUAACAAUCUUGAUACCACUAAAAACUCCACCGUUUAUAUCGAGGAGGCUAGAGUCACACAGAAUGAGCUGCUGGAAUUGUCUGGCAAGAGCAUUGAAACGAAUGUUGUCAAGGCCACAGACUUGGAACAAGAGGCUUUUGCAGAACUGGCCAAGCCGAACCCUAACCCGGCAAUCUUUGCUGGGAAAUUCAUUCAACGUGCUAUCUUUGGUGAAGGAUUUGGUACUCUAUUCGACUCUGAGAAGGUUUCUAACGAUUCGUUUGGUCUGAAGCUUCUGUCCAAGGAGGAACUCCGCGGCCUUAUCCCCGAGUGA